AUGUUCUCCCGACGAUUGGUCCUGGGUGUCGCUACCCUACUCUCCAUCACCACCAACACUGUCGUCGCCAGAGGUUCUGCCGAAAGCAACACAUACGACUACAUCGUCAUCGGAAGCGGUCCCGGCGGCGGUCCCCUCGCAAGCAACCUCGCCCGCGCCGGCUUCUCAACGCUGCUCCUCGAAGCGGGGGAUGAUGAGAGCUACGACAUCGGCACCGCGCUCGCGAACGGCGGGUAUACCCUCACCGCAUCCAACAGCUGGGGCUUCUGGGUGAAGCACCACGCCGACCCGGAAGUCGAGCUGCGCCACAACCACCUCACGUGGCGGUUCCCGAACGGCACGUUCUGGGUCGGCAACGGUGAGCGGGCACCGCCUGGGGCCGAGCUGAUGGGCGUGUACUACCCGCGCGGUGCGACGAUCGGAGGCUCGGCGGUGGUGAAUGCGAUGGGGACGCUGUUGCCGAGCGAUGCGGAUUGGAAUUACGUGGCGAAUAUCACGGGCGAUGAGUCUUGGGGGCACGAGAAUAUGAGGCGGAUGUUUGAGAAGGUUGAGAAGAACAAUUAUCUCCCCGAAGGCACGCCAGGACACGGGUUUGGCGGUAUCCUAGAGACCAAUAUGGGAAACGGCACUCAGUAUCUGCCGUUUCCGGGUCUGGUCGAGGUGUACAAGGCGCAGAUCAGAUCACUGGGAUUGGAUCCGGAGAAGGUGAUUGAGAUGCUUGGCAGCGACCCCAACUAUCUUGCAAAUGAUCGGGACUUCACAGAAGGUUUCUGGGGCAUGGUGUUCCACGCAAAUGCGAGGUGGGAGAGGUCAACGCCGCGAGACUACAUCUUCGAGACAAUUGCGGCGAAGAAUGAGGACGGGUCAGCCAAGUAUCCCCUGACACUAUCGCCAACCUCUUUGGCCACCAGGGUCUUGUUUAAGCAAGGGGAAGACGGUAAGCCGAUAGCAGUCGGAGUUGAAUACCUUAAAGGCCUUUCAACAUACGGCGCCGACCCGAGGCGGAACGCUUCAGCGUCAGGCGAGACCAAACAAGCUUUCGCGUCUCGAGAGGUGAUUAUUUCGGGAGGCACCUUCAAUUCCCCGCAACUCCUGCAGCUCAGCGGGAUCGGCAACCGACAAGAUCUCGAGGUGCUCGGCAUCAAAGUUGUGGCCGACUUGCCUGGCGUGGGGCGAAAUCUCCAGGAUAAUCAAGAAUUUCCGGUUGUCGGACUAGCUCAGAUCAACUUCACGGCGAUACCCAACCCCAACGAACCGACUUGCGCAAAAGGCAUGCCGAAUGAUCCGUGCUACGAGCUCUGGAAGAAAGGUCUGGGGCCGUACAUGCGACCUGGGUUCAACUCUAAUGUCCUUCUGAUGCGGUCGAAUCAUUCAGUCAAUGGCGAACGCGACAUUUUCGUGUUCAGCGUACAAGGCGGCGCGUUCCGAGGUUUCUGGCCGGAUGUCAAUCAGGCCGAGCUCUUUGGGACGCCAAACACCUCAGGCUUCUCGACAGUCAAGAUCAACCCGCAAAACGGGGCGGGAUACCUGAAGCUCCGGUCGGCGGACCCGACGGAGCCACCCGAGAUCAACUUCCAGCUGUACGAAGAGGGUGCCGAGACAGACCUUGGAGCGUUGGCAGAUGUUGCCGCGUGGGGCCGUCGGGUGAUGAGCGAUGUUGAGGGGCCUUGGGGUCCGCUGGCGCCGGCUGAACCGCCGUGUUCGAAAGUCGGGAGCGACGGCCGGUGCGAGGACGGAGACGGAACGUCGGACGAGGAAUGGAUCCGGGCCCAGACAUUUGGUCAUCAUCCGUCGGGGACUUGCGCCAUUGGGCCGGCGGAGGAUAGCAUGGCAGUGCUGGAUUCUCGGUUUCGGGUGCACGGCGUCGAGGGGUUGAGGGUUGUGGAUGCGAGCGUAUUUCCACGUGCUCCGGGCGCGUUCCCCUUGAUCGCGACGUUCAUGGUCAGCCAGAAGGCAUCGGAGGUGAUAUUGGAAGAUGCCGCGGCGUCAUUUUGA